GCGAUCCUCCGGAGCGGCUGCGGGGAGCGGCGGGCGGCCGGGCCAGCAUGCAUCCCCGCCCGCUGCCGCUACCCUAGCGGGAUUACCGAGCCAGCUGCCAGCAUGAUUUCAUCUGCUGGAGGAUUUUUGCAUCUGAUCGCUUGAAGGUUUUGUUUUGUGUGUGUGGUUUUUUUUUUUUCCUUCCCCUCUUUUUUUUUUUUUUUAUUUUUUUUUUCCUCCCUCUGUCUUUGUUUCCUUCCCCCCUUUUCCCCCCCUUCCCCUCCCUCCGUCCCCCCUUUCCUCCUCCUCCUCUUUUUUAGAAGCAGCAAUCGGAGAUGGAUGUCUCUCUUUGCCCUACCAAGUGCACUUUCUGGAGGGUAUUUUUGCUCUGGAGCAUUUGGGGAGACUAUCUGCUUUCGGUGCUGGCUUGCCCUGCUAAUUGUCUUUGCAGCAAGACAGACAUCAAUUGCAAGAAGCCGGAUGAUGGGAACCUCUUCCCUCUCUUGGAAGGGCAGGAUUCAGGCAGCAGCAAUGGCAACACGAGCAUCAAUAUCACGGACAUCUCAAGGAACAUCACUUCCAUACACAUAGAGAACUGGAAGAACUUGCAGACGUUGAAUGCUGUAGACAUGGAGCUGUAUACGGGACUCCAGAGGCUGACAAUCAGGAACUCAGGACUACGAAAUAUCCAGCCACGCGCCUUUGCGAAGAACCCUCAUCUGCGCUACAUAGACCUCUCUGAUAACCGGCUCACCACCCUGUCAUGGCAACUCUUCCAGACGCUGCGGCUCUUUGACCUGAGAUUAGAGAGGAACCCUUUUAACUGCAGCUGUGACAUCCGUUGGAUCCAGCUCUGGCAGGAGAAGGGAGAGGCCAACCUGCAGUCCCAGAAACUGUACUGCAUGAACUUGGACACAGCCGUCAUCCUUUUGCGGGACAUGAACAUCACCCAGUGCGACCUCCCUGAGAUCAGUGUAAGCCAUGUGAACCUGACUGUGCGGGAAGGGGAGAAUGCUGUCAUCACCUGCAAUGGCUCAGGAUCACCACUGCCCGAUGUUGACUGGACUGUGGCAGAUCUGCAUUCUAUCAACACACACCAGACCAACCUCAACUGGACCAACGUUCAUGCCAUCAACCUGACUUUGGUGAACGUCACCAGCGAGGACAAUGGCUUCCUGCUUACCUGUAUUGCUGAGAACGUGGUGGGGAUGAGCAAUGCCAGCGUUCUGCUCACUGUCUACUAUCCCCCUCGCAUCCUUACUCUGGAGGAGCCGGUGCUGCACCUGGAGCACUGCAUUGCCUUUGCAGUGCAUGGGAAUCCAGCUCCUACCCUUCACUGGCUGCACAAUGGUCAGAUCCUCCGGGAGACAGAGAUUAUCCACAUGGAGUUCUACCAACAAGGGGAAGUGUCUGAGGGUUGCCUUCUCUUCAACAAACCCACUCACUAUAACAACGGCAACUACACUAUUGUGGCCACCAACCAGCUGGGGUCAGCCAACCAGACCAUCAAAGGACACUUCCUUGAGAAGCCCUUUCCAGAGAGUACGGACAACUUUGUCUCAAUUGGUGACUAUGAAGUGAGUCCUACCCCACCAAUCACUGUGACCCACAAACCAGAGGAGGACACGUUUGGGGUUUCCAUAGCGGUUGGGCUGGCAGCUUUUGCUUGUGUCCUCUUGGUGGUCCUCUUUAUUAUGAUCAACAAGUAUGGCCGACGGUCCAAGUUUGGGAUGAAAGGUCCCGUGGCAGUGAUCAGCGGAGAGGAGGAUUCUGCCAGCCCACUCCACCACAUCAACCAUGGCAUCACAACACCUUCGUCCCUGGAUGCUGGCCCGGACACAGUGGUGAUCGGCAUGACCCGCAUCCCCGUCAUCGAGAACCCCCAGUACUUCCGACAAGGUCACAACUGCCACAAGCCAGACACGUAUGUCCAGCAUAUUAAGAGGAGAGACAUCGUUUUGAAGAGGGAGCUGGGAGAAGGUGCCUUUGGGAAGGUGUUCUUGGCCGAGUGUUACAACCUCAGCCCCACCAAUGACAAAAUGCUGGUGGCAGUGAAGGCACUGAAAGACCCCACUUUGGCAGCCCGCAAGGACUUCCAGAGGGAGGCAGAGCUGCUCACCAACCUGCAGCAUGAGCACAUCGUCAAGUUCUAUGGUGUGUGUGGAGAUGGUGACCCACUCAUCAUGGUCUUUGAGUACAUGAAGCAUGGGGACCUGAACAAGUUCCUGAGGGCACAUGGCCCAGAUGCUAUGAUCCUCGUGGAUGGGCAGCCUCGACAAGCCAAAGGGGAGCUAGGGCUAUCCCAGAUGCUCCACAUCGCUAGCCAGAUCGCCUCUGGAAUGGUGUACCUUGCCUCCCAGCACUUUGUCCAUAGAGACCUGGCCACCAGGAACUGCUUGGUCGGAGCCAACCUGCUGGUGAAGAUUGGAGACUUUGGGAUGUCAAGAGAUGUCUACAGCACUGAUUACUACAGGGAAGGGCCGCGUCCGAAGGGCCAGCUCAGCGCAGCGUGGCAGCGACACAGACUGGCACCGCCGGCAGCUGCAACAGUGGGAGGACACACCAUGCUGCCUAUCCGUUGGAUGCCUCCGGAGAGCAUCAUGUACAGAAAGUUCACAACAGAGAGUGACAUCUGGAGCUUCGGUGUGGUGCUGUGGGAGAUCUUCACCUAUGGGAAGCAGCCGUGGUUUCAGCUCUCAAACACAGAGGUCAUUGAGUGCAUUACCCAAGGCCGAGUUCUGGAAAGACCUCGAGUCUGUCCCAAGGAGGUUUACGACAUCAUGUUGGGCUGCUGGCAGAGAGAACCUCAGCAACGGCUCAACAUCAAGGAGAUCUACAAGAUCCUCCAUGCUCUGGGCAAGGCCACACCAAUCUACCUGGACAUCCUUGGCUAGCAGUGGCCACUUGUCAAAAGCCCCCGAUCCUUCCUUCCGUCCUUCCUUCCCUCUCCCCCUCCCAAGUCCUUUGCCCCUCAGCUCCCAAACAAACAUCUUCAAUAUAAACUCAAGUGCCUGCUACACAUACAACACUGAAAACAAAACAAAACAAAAAGCAAACCCAACACAAUUCCCACAAAACAACAACCUGUAAGGCAGUUUGGCUUAUAUAUAUUUAUAGAUAUCUCUAUUCUAUAUAUAACUUCCACACCAAUACAGAAAGAAGCUGCUGUUACAGAAAAAUUAUAAGACUUUAAAAAAAAAGAAAAAAAAGUAACAAAUAAGGGAGAAAAAGUACUUAAAUAUAUAUAUAGUUAAAAAAAAAAAAAGAAAGAAAUGAGAAGGUAUCUUUCCCCUGAGCAAUGAAGCAGCGUGUUGUCAUCCUGCUGUGAGUAUGGCUCAGGCUGCUGGGCAGGGCUUGAGUCUGGCUACAGCAGCAAUGUUAGCCUGAAUAGGUGCUCUGGGAGGAAAGCCCAGCCCCAGUUGUACGAUAUGCACUGAAUGUGUGAAAAGAGUCCUCCCUUCUUGUCCUUGCCUCCCUUCCUUCUUCCCAGCCCACAGGUGAUGGGCACAAAGACAGGGCAGUGCCCCUGGACAAAUUGUCUUUUACCAAACCUUUCCUUCCCUCUCCAUCCUUCCCCGUCCCUCUCUGCCUUUUUCUUCCCUUCGACAUUUCAGGACAAUUUUUCUAAUUUGCUGAUUCUUAACUGUAUAGACUCAAGGCUUUCAAACACACAGUCAAAGGAUUGUGGCACCUACGGGUAUAACACAACAGGAACCAGCUGCCCUCCCGCAGCCAGCGCAUCGGAUGGGCCCAGCCCUCCCUCCUCCCUCUACAGUGGAACUGAAAGAACCCCCGGCUGAGGGAGGUCCUGAAGACCCAUUCCUGAUUCAUCCCAAUCCAUUGUGGCUUGCAAGACAGGAAUGCUGUUCGUCUCAGUGCCCAGUGGAGAUGGCAACGUUGGGAGGAACCCCUCCAUCCCCCAUCCCUGCCUUUUCUCCCCACCCUUCAUUUUUAUUGGGGCCGUGGGAUUGUUACUAAGCCACAGCCAAAUUAGUGCAGACCCUCAGCAGAUAGGGUUGCAUCUCCUGUUCCCUGUUUGGGGGAAGGCUGCAACAUGCAGCUGGAAGUGUACCCGCAUCACAGCUGGGCAUGCCUUUGGGGUCAGCAUAUCCCAGUGCCCUCCCUCCUCAUCUUCUUCCCAUCCCCAUCCCUGCCCCAUGUCUCAGUCCAAGCCUUAGGCACAAGACAGCGUGAGGCCAGGGAAGGGGACAAGGCUAGCGAGAUGGCUGGGAACCUCCCAACACCUGCCUGCAGACCCCUUGCCAUUCUCCUCACGUCCCCAUCCCCUGAAAGGAUUGAUGCAUCUGCCUUUGAGCUGUUGUGAAAUGCAGAGGCUGAAGAAUAGCUCCACAGGCAGCCCCGGGAGGAGGAGGGGAUUGAGGGGAAGGUGCCUCCAGGAGCAGACAGCUCAGCGGAUGGCUGCAGCAGCCAGCCUUGCAUCUCAAUGAGGAUAAAGGGCUGACAGGCAGCGACAGAGGGUGCUGGGGACAGCCAGGAAGAGGCUGAAGCAUCCUCCCUAAAACCCAUCUUCCUCACGCAGGAGAUUAUCCUGACCUGAGGAAAGACUGAGUCAGAAAUGAAUCCUGCUCGUCCAGACAAAACCUUCCCUGGGUUGUUUUUUUAUCCUCUAGAUAGCAGAGAAUGAAGGGGAACCUCAGCCUGGCAGAUGCUCUCAGGAGGCAGUGAGCAGGCGCCACAGGCACCGUCAAGGCAAUUGAGAAGGCGACAAUUGCCAGCACAAAAAUAACCUGCUCGGACGCAGUUCUUGUCUGGAAGGGAAUGCAGACAGGGGAAGAGGUGAUGGAGAUGGGAUCUUGACUCCUUCCCCAUGGCCAGAGCAAUGUUCUGGACCAGGAUGCAAGAGAUGUGUGAGUCUGAGACCUUAUUACAGCUGGCCACUGAAAGGGAAGAUUUUGCAUUCCCUCCUCAACCUCUCUGUCUCUUGCCAAUCUCUACCUCCCACCCCUGGCUCUGACAUGACCUGGCUUAAGGUUUCAGGUGGGGCAGGGGAUGCUCCUACAAUGUUUGUGGUGGCUGUGGGUUUAGGCUGUGCUUGUAUAAAGAGCUCAGAGUGAAAGAGGAUGGGUGGCAGUAAAAACGUUCAGCCUUUCCCUUCCUGGUUAGAUUACAGAGAGAGAGACGGUCUCAUGCAGUAGAUGCUGGACAGACAGCAGCAGCUCACAGCAUGGGCACCAAAGGUGUUAUGGUCAGUGUCAGGGUGUGAAAUGGCAGUCCAUGCACACAAACAAGGUGCCAUGCCACCCCUCCAUAGCAAGUAGUUGCUCUGCUGGGAGAGGAUAUCUAGUUUUCCUCAUCUAAAACUUAGAUUCAUCUUUGAAGUGAGAAAGAUUGGUUGAAAAUUUGCUAGACCUGCAAUGGCUCUUUUUGUGUGUGAGGUGCUUUGGCUAAAAGGACUGGAGACUGCAUCUAGGGGGAAUACACAAUGGUGGUACCAGCCCAUUGCCUCCAAAAGAAAACCCUUCUCUGGGGCUGCCUGCCCCAUAACCCAAAUGGUCUCUUGCUCUUGUGGCUCUCAGGCACAAUGCCAGACUGUGCAAAGCCACUGUUUUGUCUGCCCUGCUCUCUUGCUCUUAUGCACUCAUUUCUCCUUCAGCCAAUCUUAUUGGCCUUUACACAGACAGAUUACCUACAGUGUUUCCAUAGUCAGUGCUAUUCUCCUAAAGCCAUUCUGCACAACAGCUGUAUCCUCCUUCCCCUCCUUCUUUCCUCCUGGUGUCCUCCCCAGCACCACUGCAUGUCCCUUUGCCAGCUCUUUGUACUGUCCUGACAACAAGGUGAAGCCAAGCAUCACACCUGGACUUGAUGCAACAUGGUUAGGAAUAAAUGGUCAAUGAGAGGCAAGGAGAUGGAUCUGCCAGAAGAUGUGAAGUGGCUGAGACCAAGGUUCAGGCUGUCUGACUGCUUUACCAUUAGCCCCACCAAGUGCAAUGACUGCUUUGAGGAAAGGUCCUUUUGUCAAAGCUAAUCAGGAACAAUUGCUCAGAAGAGCAGGAUAAGAUGUGCUGCAGUGCUGGCUCCCAGCAGCUGCUGUGUUAUGCCCGGUGGCCUGGUGCUGCUGGAACGAAGUUUGUUGGUGGGGAAGGAGGGACGGCUCAUUUUUGUUUUGGAGACAUGACUGAAACUGCUGCAUCCCUUUCUGGUCUGACAGUCUUGGAUGGGAAGAGGGAAAGCGUCUGUGCUGAGUUCCUGGUGAACCCUGAGACCUCAUUUCAAGAAGAACCUUCCCUGGAGCAAAAGCAGAGCUGCUCAUCAGCAUGGAUGACAGUGCCUUCGCUGUGGGAAGAGGGGCUCAUGUGGGGGCUCUGCCAUUGCUCCACUGCAAGCAGAGGGAGAAAGAAGAGCAGGUUUGGAGGGAGAACCUCACAGAAUGCCACAAAUCUAAGUGUGGGAAGUAUCUGGGCUGCAAACAGUGAAUGUGUCCCCAGCCUUAGGGGCUCAUCUGUGACCUGUCUCAUUUCUUCCAAACAGUUUUCCUUCCACCAUAGUCUGUCAGGUUGAGAGAUAAAAGCUGAAGCACAGCUAAGGGAAGACAUGCAAUGAUCUGCCAGACUAGAAGCCCAUCCUGUUUCCCACAACACUUACCAUUCGGUCCUACAUGUCCCUUGAUGCAUACAUUCUGGGGGCAGAAAAGAGCCUGUACUGCCUCAUCUCAGGCUCAUGCCGGUGUCCAUGGGGUGCUGAAUUGCAGACAGGUGGCUCUGGGAACACGUGCUGCACAGACAAACACAAAAAACGUGGAAUGCCUUUAGAGAGGCUGCUUGUUGAGAGACAUCAUUAGCUUUGAGCUGUCUGCCUGUCCCCAGGAGUGGGUGGAACAAGGUGAGAAAAUAUGUAGGGAAAUAAAAAAGCCAAGGGAAGGGAAGGGCUGGUUGUGGAAGGCGAGUAUCUUGGGCUGGGAAAUUGAGACUGGUUUCGGGAGCGUGGCAGGGAAUUUUAAGUAGCACAGUGGAUACAAGCAAAGAAAAGCAAAGGGAAACAGCAACAUGCUAGAGCACCAGGAAAAGCUAACUGUAAUGCAGGGCAAUGCUGGUUAAAAAAGGAGACAGAAACCAAUAAAAGCAAGGGACCAUUGACCCAGGCGAAAAACAAAACAGCCAAGGUUUAUGCUUAUUGGUGAUUAUUUUCUUUUUCCAAUACCUAAAUACCACUGUAAAACGGCAUUAAAAAGUUAUUUUUUGAGGCCAUAGACAGGAACAUGGUACUACAUGAGCUGGUUUCUUUCACGUGAAAGGCUAUUCCUAGAAAUCAAAUGCAUGAGGUUCCCUGAAUUCCAGCUAUGGUUCAAAGAAUGCAGACCUGGGUCACUGCAAGCCUACAAAGCCAUAAGUGGUUCUGAACAUGUAAUCAUCAGACAUUCAUGUGCAAAUCUGCAUGGAAACAGUGAUCUGUUCAGCAGUGUGAUCUUAAAAAGUUGUAUUGAAUUGGGCUCCAUUUUUCCCCCGUAGAAUAUCUACAUCCUUCUCCUCACUGUGACUUCAAGACGGUGAUGCAAAGGUGCAGCAGAAAUGCAAAGUCACAGCCUGAAGCAGUGAUUGAGCAUCUGGUGGAAAGGCAGAGCCAACCCAGGGGAGCUCAGGUGCAUGCAAUGUGGUACAAUGCAAUUGAGUGACCAGAAUGGGUGGAGCCAGGAUCCACCCCUUCCCAGACCUCAUUUAAGGGCUGGCAGGGGGAGGUGGAGGUAUCUCACUGAAGAUCCCUGCCUCCUGGAAGUCUUUCUAAGGCAAGCAAUCUCUUUUUUCUUUUAUUUCUGUGUCCACAGCUGCUACAUUUGGGCUUAUUCUUAUUUGCUGCAGCCUAGAACUGUGCCACCUUACUAUAAUUGCUGUAUUUUCCAUCAUGUUAUAUAGCUCUGCCUUACAAAAGGCAGAGCAAAUCGCUAAGUAUUUAGUGAAUUAUGUCUAUUAAUAGGGUGAUGGGAAACUAUUUCAAACUAAAGUUAUCUCAAAAUUAUCUCUCUUUAUCUUAAUUGGAGAUAAAGAAAAUGUUGUUUGUUUCUUUGUUUUUACAAUAAAGACAGUGAGGCACUGGCAAAGGUUGCUCAGAGAGGUGGUGGGUGUCCUAUCUCUGCAGACACUGCUGGUCAGGCUGGAUGGGGCUCUGAGCACCUGAUCAGCCGUAGGUGUUUCUGUUCAGUGUGGGUGAGUUGGACCAGAUUGCCUUUAUAGGUCUCUUCCCAGUUCUUCUCUAUGACCUAGCCAGGAAUCAGCUAAGCUAGUAAAGCCAGUGUUCAUACCACGUGUUUCUGUAGUAGCUGUAGGUGUGUUCUCUUGUUGUUUAUCCUCACCAUUGCUUUAGAAGAUGUGUACAUGGGCUACUGGCUGUGAUGCCAUGCUACAGUGUCUCCUUUGAUACCUGGAAGCUGUAUGAGUAGAGCUCCUCUGUGACUGUCAGGCACAAACAUACUUUAGCAAAUCCCAGAAGGGUUGUUCUCCAUUCAAAUGCAGUAUCUUUCUGAUAGAAAAGAAUAUGGCCUUGGAACUUUGGCAUAGAAUGAGUAUCAAAAAUAGAGAACUCAACUCCCAUCUCUUCUUUCCAGGAAUGGUCAAACUUGCUCAACUCUAAGGUGCCCUUCCUAGACUCUUGCAUCAGUAUACAUUUAAUGUUUAUUUAAGCAGCUGUGUAGUUCCCAAAACUGGGACUGUCUCCCAUCUUUCCUUUGCUGUUCUCCCUGCAUGCAGGAGCCUCAAGCAUGGUGAAUGUAGGAAUGUUCAAACAUUCAUUCAGUCUGGCAGUGUCACAAGUGACACAGGCUGUCAGUUGCUGUUCCAAGAGGAAAGCAGGAGCAUUCAGUCUCUUCUGUAUCUUAUUCCCUCCCAGUACGCUACUGAGCAAUGAAACAUCUUCCUGAGAAGUGAUAGGAGUCCCAUUGCUUGCAGCUUUAAAAAACUGAACCAAGGAAAGGGAUAAGAGACCAAAGAGGAGAAGAGGAAAACAAUAUUACUGCUUUUAUUUUUUUUCCCCUUUUCUUUCUGGGAUUGAACUGAGCUGGUAAGUUGCUUUCAUCUCAGUGUAUUUAAUUUCUCACAAACCCAAUCUGAGAGGUCUUUUCCUAUGGGAAGAAUGAGCAGUGUCUCUUCUUUCUUUCACUAACCCCACAAUAUUAGCAUCUCUCCAAGGAGAAAGGAGGCAUAACAACUCUAACCAUCACUUCCUCACACCAUCAGGAAUCCUCUGUGGGAACUGAUCUCCUGCCCAACAAGUGACUGAUCCUACACCAAAAACCUUGAGUAGUUGUUCAGUUGGGAUGUUUAACUGCAGAACUACUGGUUUCUUAGGACAAGGUCCCAGCAGGAAAGGACUGAAAUACCUCUAAAGACAAUCAUAGCUCUGGGAGGCCCAGAUUAUUUUUUUUGGAUGCUCUCUCUAUCUCUCGGCUGGUUUCCAGCCUCCACAAUCUAUGCUGCUUGAUAUUUAGAUAGCUGAGUUGCUGCAUUCACUCCCUUCUGAGUACAGAAGGCUGGUGAAGCUGUUUGAUUUCUGAAGUGGUAGGCAAGAUAAGACUUCUUCCCCUGCCCUCUCCUCUUUCUCCCUGUGCAGCUCCUGUCCUUGCAGUUCUCAGGACCUGACUAGCAGUUUUUUAAAUGAGGUAAAAGUCUUAAUGUGAGGUGAAUCCUGAGACCACAAACAGUCUGGACUUCAAACAGUGAGAAAAUUGGCGCCGAAUGAUUCCGCACACAAAGCAGAAAACUUUCAUUUCCUGCAGGCAGGAUGGAAUUGACUGUUAUAUUAAGACUUCAGAAGGAGCACUGCCCCGGAGUAAUUUCACUGCUGUCAGGCAAUGUUGACAUCUAGAUUAACCUCUGUGCAGUGAAUUUUACAGCAAAGCUCAUUGUAAUGCAUGUGGGGUAUCUCCUGUAAAUCCCAGCUGAAGCCCAUAGUGUCCCACCCUUCUGCACACGAGAAAGGGUUGGGGAGCAGCUGCUAUCAUUUUUGACCCCAGCAGAGCGUGACUCUAACCUCAUCCAGGCCAUUUCUGCUGAAACUGAUUUCCUACCCUGCCACAGUGACAGUAGUUCCAGACAGUACUUUUUUAAUUCCCCAAAGAGGUUUACAUCACAAGGCUGACUUGGUUUUUUCUUCCCCUCAGUGACAAACGGGUCCCUUCACACAUCCACCAAACAACACAGAUCUAAUUAAAAUGCACUAGUUAACCAGUGGCAAUUAACUGCUUGCACUGAUUAACUCCAAAACAUGCAAUCCCUGCAGUGCAGUGAUCAGACCUGAAUGGCAGAUAAAAUCCCAGCUGUUGAGAGAUGGUGGCAUCCAACACUACUUACCAGCCCACAGGUGCUCUGCUAGCGCUGCCUACCAAACCAGAACUGCAUGAAUUAAAGAGAAGAGCACAGCACAAGUCAUAGGAAGUGGUAAAAGAAUCUCCUGACUCCUGAACUCAGGGUUCAUGUUGUUAAGAUGGAAGUUUAGGCCAGAACAAAGCUCUUUUGUCCUUUACUGUAAGAGCAGGCCAAGCAGCAAGGGUUCCCAGGCAAGAGCAUCGCAGCUUCUUUGCUCUCUUACUUGUGAAAACCAUCUUUUCUGUUGUAGGCAAGAUACACCUCUGAGGGCUACUUCUUCAUGGAGAAACAAACAAACCCCUAACAUCUAAAAAACUGGAAGAGAAAGGGAAAGGAGUAUUUGUUUGUUAUAACCACACCUUUUCCUUCAUACCCUUAUUUUCCAACUCAGAUAUUGCUGUACAGUCUUAUUGCAGAAAGUUCUAGGCAAGACACAGGCUAUCAGGUGCGGACUAGUUUAGUCACAAACCCUAAAGGCAAGAUCUCACUAGUAGCUCUAGAAACUUCAGAGCACACCCAUCCUUUCACCAAUAGUUGUUUUUAUGUGUUUGUCAGAGUCUUUGGAUAGCCUAUGAAGAGGUGAUGUGCCUGUAGUUCACCUCAUCUUCAAACGGAGUUGUGUGCCCCUGGCAUUUCUGAAAUCAGUCCCAUCAGGAAGAUUUCUUCAAACUAACAUUUACCAUUCCCAAUCAGAAUACAGCUGAAAAGGCUAUCCAAGGUUAUAGAGAAGGUCAAGCUGUUGCUUUGGACUGAGGAAGGAAUUUGAUGGACCAAUUUAACCGCCACAGCACAUCAAAACCUGGUGGCUUCAUUUAAAAAGUAAUCAGUAUUGUAUUUCGCUUUAGACAUCCGUGCAUUAGUGUUCUGCAAAUAUGAUUUCCUCUUUGUUUGCAUUAUUGAUGCCAUAAAAUGUCAGACACAUUAAAGAAAAAAAAGAAAAGAGGCCAACCUUUGGGGUUUGGAAUGAUUCUGGUUGAAUUGCAGUUGGGUUACUUUUCCUUUUAUUUCCCAUGGUAGUGAUGCACUCUUACUCAUUCUGCUAUUGCUUUACAAAGAGUUCUCUGUAAGUGUAUUUAUUCAGCCGACCAUAUUUCAGGAAAUGCAUAACCUCAAUACUUCAUUUUUUUGCUUUAUGUGGAAAUAUGUAUAUGCGUGUACUGGGGGGGAAGGGUGUGGGGAAGUGGGAGGGUGGAGAUCUUUCAAGAGCCUUCCGAUGCCUAGUAGUAAGUUGUUGUUGUUUUUUCUGUAAUGCUUUUUGAAGCCCUUCUGCUCAAGUGGCUGGAUUGAUUUCAUCUCAAGAACUAACUUUUGUGAUCAUGAUUUGAGGCCUUCUGGUUUUGCUCUGCCCAGAAUCUUAGUCAUUUGCUUUCACCAUUCAAGCAGCCAUCUGCUGUCCACAAUGGUGCCUAGAUGUCUACGCCACACAGAUUACACAGUACUUGAGUCUCAGGCAUGUGACAGAGGAGUUUCAGCUCCUUCAAGUUCUUGACCAAUGGCAAGCUUGCUGAUUUAGUUUGGUUCCUAAAGUCCUCCUCACUUGAGGCUCCCUAACUACUGUUCCCAAGGCAAAUACUAUUAUCUGCUGAGUGCUUUUUCUCCCAGACUAUUAAAGAGUGCAGGCUUUAGUAGCCAUAUACCUUCUAGUCAGCUGUCUAUAACAAAUGCUGAUCUAUUGUUCAAUAUAUUUCUAUGAUCUUUUUGGAAGAAUAUUCUCUCAAAGUGAGAGGAAAAACACCCUCCCAAUUUUUUCACUAGUUUUUUGUUCCUUACCUUUUCAAAGAAUUUUGACAGGCUAGAGGGAAAACUUGUCUGUCAGUCUGUCCUGUUAACUUGUUUCUGCUUUGAUGCACUCUCCAGGGAGCUCAAACGUGUGGUUUGUGUGGUUUCCCACCAGCUUAGCUAGCAUGAGAAUUAAAGCAGCUCUGUCUUGAAAGUAAAAGCAGAAUGGGAUGGAAUUAUCUCCCCUCUGCAGCAAUUUUCAUCAUUGCUAAGAUUUCUCUUGAGCUUUUCCUUACACUUAUGACAAAACUUGUGAGCAGGUCGAGAUGGAUGAGAUGAAGGAAUUUAAAGAAGGGACCUAGGCGCUGGACUUCAAAGUUAGCUGUUCAACAGCUAAGCUCUCCCUUGCUUCAUAAAGCAAGAAGCCCCUAGCUUUUCAUUAGCAGCUUCUUGUCCAGCUUUCAUGUUCAUAUUCCUGUCUUGAUGGCCUUCAGAUGAUCUCCAAAUCUUAUCUAUCUCCACAGAUCUAUCUCUGGGGUAUUCAAACAGCCCAAAGAUGAGGCAGUAAGGUCUGAAUGGACAUUUAAUUCAGUGUCCUUCUACUCCUUUUUCAAAGGGACAAAGAUAGCGAAAGUGCUGAAACAGGAUAAGUAGAAGUAGUGCAGUUUCUUUUUAGACUGAAAUAUUUAAGAUGCUAUGAAGCAGUACCUAUAAAUAUGCCUUGAAAUGUUGAAUGAGCACAAGAAGUCUAUUUGACUUUUGUUUUUAUGCCUGUAAUUUCUCUCACCACGAAUCCAGCUGUUACUCAGCCCCCAGCAGGUUGUUCUGAUUGCUGGAGAGAUGGUGGGGAUUGAUUCUGGCUGGGAUCUGUUUGAGUCCAGCCUCGUUCUCAUGUAGCUAGAUUGAGACAAUAGAAAUAAUCAGCAAGGGACUGAACUGUUGUUCCUGUCUAACUAAACCUUCUUGUGCAACAGCAAGUUAAAUUCUGAAGGAUUUCAACACCCAUAACUUCAUCUGAUGUCAGUAAAUCUGUGGAUACUGAAGAUCACUGAUAUGUUAGGAAGAUAAUAGCAGGAGAGAGAAGCAAAAUUCUUAAAGAAAACAAAACUAAAAAACCAACAACACUGUAUAUAGAAAGAGAUUAGUUGGAUUUUUCAUAUUAUAUGCCACAGUUGUAAAAGAAUCAGAAAAGGAACAGAAUUCUGUCAGCAAAGGAAACUGACCACCAAGACAGGAGCAGGCCUCUAUCUUACAGACUUCCCCUUGCUUUUAAUGUCUUUUGUCUCUUUCUGCUAAUAUAGGACAAAUCUUGUCUUAUAACUUUCAAGAAAUCCGAAAUUAAUGUAGAAGUCAAGAUGGGGAGAGGGAGAGAUCAAACUCUAUAUGAUGAUGGUGGUCUGCACAGCUGUUAAAUCUUUUUAGUAACAAAUGUUUGUACUUUUUUAAGGCCCUGUAUAAGGUUCAAGUACUACUCACAACAACUGCAAACCACUUCAAUCCUCAAGAACAACAAAAACAACCCUUUAGUAAGGGGGAGAUUUCCCUGUCUGACCGAGUGCUGGAGCAGCUUCCCUGCGGAUCAGCACCGCGGACAGCAGCCCCACCUGCUGCACUCACCCUCAUUGCAGAUAACUUGUUUUCAAGUGCUGGAGGUGGGAUGGUUUAAAACUUGAACAGCUAAUCUAAAAGAACAAAAAUUCCCAGAGUUAAACCCUCCAACCCACAUGUUUUUUCCCCCCAACGUUAUUUUUCCACCUAUGAAGUCUAAGUCUCUUGCUUGGAUUGUGAAAUGUUCUUAUCUUCCAGUCUAUUGGGACAGCCUGGCAUAUGGAGAGUGAGUGUUCUGUUAGAAGUGCAGAAAUUGAGCAUUUAUUUUAGUGGCAGGAUCAUGUGAUUUUUCUUUGCCUAUCAGCUAAAUUUACUGUUUGUAAAGCACCGGGAGACAAAUUUAUUGGAAAAUUCAAAGCAAGGGGCAUAAAAAAUAUACUGUGGACCCUGGAAAUCAUUUCGAGAUCAAUCUAUAAGAAAAGUCACAUUACUAUGUAAUGGAGAACUGUCAGAAGAGAGUCAACCAAAGAUUAAAAGCUGUGUACAAAAGAGCAAGCAUCAACCGACAGAGCUCUGGAUGGAAGCGGAGUCAUAUCUUCAGUAUUCAGAUUUCUCAGCUGGCAUUGCUGGUAUUUCAUCUGUUGGUUUUCAUCUCCUGAACCUCAUCAUUGUCAUGAGAGUCUAUUUUAAAGGAUGUGAAGGUCCAUUCUAUCCCUGAAAAACAUAAACUGAUCAAGACAGGACAGAAAGGUGGGGUAUUCAUCUUUUUGUAACCACUUUUCCCUGUUUCCAUUCCUCUACAUACUCCCCUGCAGUGAUUGGCAGUAAUGACUAUAGGACAUCCAGACUGAGAUACGUCUGAGACAAAGGGCCUCAGAACUUGGGAGUAGCAAUACUGAAAACAAGGAAUUGUGGUUGUGUUUCUGAUGUUUAUGGCCAUCCAGAAGUCAGAGUGAACCUGCAGGGGACUGUAAAGGAUAAUUUAAUAAUGAGCUCAGAGAGCUAAUGGUGAUGAAGGAAGGGAGCAAGGAAGGCUGCUGGAAUGCAUGGAGGGAAAGAAAAUGGUCCAGAAUUUGACUCUCAGUGAGAAGUCAGAUGUGAUCUGAGACAGAAGAGAGUCCUGAUCAGGGAUGGCUGUGGGGAAGCGGUCACUACAAAGUGAUGCAUGUACACCUGAAUGGGUCCUGAAGACUUGGAGAAACCUUGCUGGGCUCCUCUUAGGCCCAUUUUCUUUGCAAGUACUACCAUUUUCACUGUGUUUAUUCUUCUGACAGCUCUUCUUUCAGCAUAAACAGGCUGUCUUGUCUUAGCCCCUCCCUUCACUCCCCCUGCUCAGCCCCCAUACUAUGCCAAUUGCCUGUGUGAAAGCAAAUUGCCUUUUCUUCUUCUUCUUCUUUUUUUUUUUUAAACAAAAGUGUCCUUUUAAAUUUUCAGCUGAACUGAAAGGCAAUUUCUUGCAUGAGAGCUUUGUAUAGAUAGGCUUAUAGCUAAACAUAAAUAAAUACACUAAAUAACCUCUCCCAUGCCCACCUUGUCUUAACAGAGCGCUACCUUACAUGCAUUAUUUCAAUAGAAAUUAAGGAUUUUUGAAAAGGCAAACUGACACUGAUUCAGCCUUCAGCAAGCACUAGAGCUUCCUUUGUCCCCUCUGGGUCAGGCAGGAAGGAGGCAAAGUUUCCCCUGGUAGAGGUGAAAGAUGCACAUAACUAUCCUGGGCGAAGACUGUAUGGGGUCUUAAAGCUAUGUUUGGAAAUAGGUUUUAGGGGCUCCGGUGAUUUCUGUGACAGCUGUGUUUGGUGCAGUGUUGUCAGGUCUGUAUGAUGAGGCAGAGAAACCACUGUGGUUGCCUAUGCUGGCACUGUUUAAUCCCUGUUAAUGUUACCAAAAGUCUGCAUAAGUAGAAAACAAAUCCUCUGGUGAUGCUUGCUGAAUAUAUAUAUAUAUUUUUAACCCCAUGCACUAAUCCAUGUGUUUGCUUAGUUUGGGGUUUCCUUUGCAUCUUUUGGUUUCUAUUUGCGAUUUUGCAACUGAAUAGCUGGCUCUCAACCUUUUCUAUGCUGCAGUUCUCCCCCUUUUCCAAACCGAAACUCACUCUCCUCCCCAGCGGGAACAAUACAGGAUAUCCCUAUAGGGAGGGCCCAGCAGGAGCACCAUGGCUGUUAUCUGCCUGCCCAACCCACCUCCACAAAGAGAAUGAGGUAGCCUGAUCUGGCUACUGGCCAAGGUAGGAUCACUGCUUCUCUACCUGCCACGUUGUAUACAUCCAGCACACUGCCACCAUGGAAGGGGAUGACUGAUACAGCGCUAGUCAAACUUACUUACGAAAAGACUUUUUAAAGAAAAGAUUUGCAUUGAGGUCAAGGGACCUUUUAAAGUGCUGAGGUUAUUUACCCUCUCCCAGACCUUCCCUUCCUUCCUGCCCUUUGUUGUCCUUAAUCCUCUUCCCCAGCCUUGAAAUGAAACAGAAAAUUAUUUUUUUAAAACCGUGUUAAUAUUUUAUGUUUAGUAUAAACAAUGAUUUAAUGGCAUCACCAAAGGUCAUUUUUCAUCUCCACGUUACCACCCCAGCUCCUGAGGCCAUCUGCCCUCUUCUCCCCAUGGUACUACUGGCCCUCCCUACCAUUCACCUUGAUCAUUCCCCACCCCUCCCACCCACACCACAGCAUAUCACACCCAGAGAUGUGCAUCAGGUUCAGCCAAUGACCAUUGGAGAAAACCACGACAAACUGGAACCACUUCCACCUUCAAAAUAGUUGCUGCAAAUGAAAAGCAGACUCAUUUCUUAUGUAAUUUUUUUUUAAGGCCUUUUAUACCUAUUUACAUGUGUGCGUGCACCCUGUGUACACAGGGGUGUCUGUGCAUACAGAUGCACAUGAAUCUCUCAAAUAUGAAUAUAUUGUAUGUUAGAGCUGUAAAUAUUCCUUGGUCAUGUGUCUAUGUCUUCUUCAAAGUAUCAUAUCUCCUCAGUGUUACGUUAACAACUCCACUUACUGAUCGAUGAAACUGUGUGUAGACCUGUACCCUCCUGACAUAGUUUAUGUAGUUAUCUCUUCUCAAAUAAAGUACAAAACUACUACUA